AUGCUGGCGGCCGUGGCGGCGGUCUUCCUCACCCUGGUGCUCUGCUUCUACAUCUUCCUCUGCGCCAAGCGGUACCGCGGCGGGGCCCCGCCGCCGCCGCCGCAGGCGGGCGGCGUCAGGGCGUGGCUGCGCGUCGUGUUCGGCGGCGGUGGGACACGCCCGGACGGCGGCGCCCCGGAGUGGUGCUACGACGGCGGGCUCGACGAGAAGUCCAUGGCGAAGCUGCCCCGGCGGGAGGUGGCCAAGGGCGAGGCGCUGGACUGCGCCGUGUGCAUCACGGAGCUGGCGCCCGGGGAGACGGCGCGCGUGCUGCCGCGGUGCGGCCACGGCUUCCACGUCGACUGCGUCGACAUGUGGCUCCGCUCCCACUCCACGUGCCCGCUCUGCCGGUGCCCCGCCGUCGACGACCCGCCCGUCCCGCCCACCGUGCCCACGCCCGAGGCCGACCCGGAGUCCCCCAACUUCCCCACCAACGUCCUCUUCUUCGGCUCCCAGGACGAGGUCAGCACCGGCCGCUCGCAGUCGCAGCAGCACUCGGCGGCGACGCCUGCUCUGCCGGCGCCGCCGCAGGAGCACGCCGCGCGGGCAUGCGACGGGCUGCGGAGGCUGAUUGGGUGUGGCGGCGCGACGCCGCCCACGCAGCCGCCGCAUCGUUGCGAUCAUCGUCAGCACCAUCAUCAGGAGGAGGACGCGGGCGGGGACAUCGAGAUGGGCCUUGCCGCCGCCGGCGGCGAGAGCAGCGCGUCGUCGCGGCCGGUGAAGCCGCCGCAGCCCGGUUCGUGA